AGGAAUGGGGAAGGACAUUGUAGGGUGUAGUGUAGCAGAAGUCAGCAGUGAAGCAUUCUCAGCAGAAGGGAGAAAAAUUCUUUCAUACCCAGGACAUUCCAGGGUCAGAGAGGUCUCUACAUUCACUGAAGCAUAACACUGAUGCUGUCCUGCUGCUCUGUGAGGAUGUCUCUGUUUGCUAUGGGUUUCCUGCUAGUCAUCCUUCAGCCAUCCACCGGGCAGUUCCCCAGGGCCUGUGCAAACACCCAGAGCUUGCUGAGGAAGGAGUGCUGUCCUCUCUGGGAUGGAGAUGGGUCCCCUUGUGGGGAGAGUUCCAACAGAGGGGCCUGCCAGGCCAUCCUUCUCUCUCAGGCUCCACUGGGGCCACAAUUCCCUUUCUCGGGAGUGGAUGACAGAGAGGACUGGCCUUCUGUGUUUUACAACCGGACCUGCAAGUGUAAAGGUAACUUCAUGGGAUUCAACUGUGGGGAGUGCAAGUUUGGUUUCUCAGGACUCAACUGCACUGAAAGGCGACUGAGAACGAGAAGAAACAUCUUCCAGCUCACCAACAGUGAGAAGGACAAGUUCCUUGCCUACCUUAACUUGGCAAAGAACACCCCCAGCCAGGACUAUGUCAUUGCCACCGGCACAUAUACUCAGAUGAACAACGGCUCCAACCUCAUGUUCAGAAACAUCAACAUGUAUGAUCUCUUUGUGUGGAUGCAUUAUUAUGCUUCUCGCGACACACUCUUAGGUGGGUCCAAUGUGUGGCGGGACAUUGAUUUUGCCCACGAAGCCCCUGGUUUUCUGCCUUGGCAUCGUCUUUUUCUGCUGCUCUGGGAACGUGAGAUCCAGAAGAUAACAGGUGAUGAGAACUUCACCAUCCCCUACUGGGAUUGGCGAGAUGCAGAGGACUGUGUGGUCUGCACGGAUGAAUACAUGGGUGGCAGACAUCCAACUAACCCUAAUUUACUCAGCCCAGCAUCAUUUUUCUCCUCCUGGCAGGUAAUCUGUACUCGAUCUGAAGAGUACAACAGCCAACAGUCUUUAUGCAAUGCCACUAGUGAAGGACCUAUACUGCGAAAUCCUGGGAACAAUGACAAAUCAAGGACUCCAAGGCUCCCAUCUUCAGCUGAAGUUGAAUUUUGUCUGUCACUGACUCAAUAUGAAUCUGGAUCCAUGGAUAAAAUGGCCAAUUACAGCUUCCGGAACACUUUGGAAGGCUUUGCUGAUCCACGCACUGCAAUAUCAAACAUAUCUCAAAGCGGUUUGCAUAAUGCACUUCACAUCUACAUGAAUGGCUCCAUGUCCCAAGUACAAGGCUCUGCAAAUGAUCCUAUCUUCUUACUACACCAUGCUUUUGUUGACAGCAUUUUUGAGCGGUGGUUAAGAAGACACAGGCCCAUCCUAGAAGUUUACCCAGCAGCCAAUGCACCCAUCGGCCACAAUCGAGAAAAUUACAUGGUCCCCUUUAUUCCUCUUUACAGAAAUGGAGAAUUUUUUAUACCAUCAAGAGAGCUGGGAUAUGACUAUGAGUAUCUACAAGAACCAGCACUUGAUUCUUUCCAGGAAUUUUUAAUACCAUACCUUGAGCAAGCCCGUCAGAUCUGGCCCUGGCUGGUUGGUGCAGCUGUGAUUGGAGGUAUAGUUACUGCUGUGCUCUCUAGCCUCAUCCUGGCCUGCAAGAAGAAAAGAGCAGGAACUUCUCCAGAGAUACAACCCUUACUCACAGAAAGCGAAGAUUACAACAAUAUAUCUUAUCAAUCCCAUUUCUGAAGACCUCCAGUAACUCAAUGAUGUUAGUAAGGUGCUAAUCAAGCAUUCAGUGUUUGAUUCAUGUUUACAAACACCUUGUUGAGGUGUGCUGUAAAAGCAGGCUGGACAGUUUUGUUCCUCAUGCCUCCUGUAAUCUCCAGUGUUCCAGUAACUUAUCAGAUACACUCCUCCAAAAUCUCUCAGAUCCAACAUGUUACCAUGCCACCCAAGGAACACCUUGUAUUUCCAAUGCUUGAUUAAACAACGCUUCUAU